AUGGCAGGAGUGGUCGAAAACACCUUUCGAAAGUUUAUUUGGAUUGUGAUUCCCUUGCUUUGUGGGUUGGUUCCUCGAGUGAUGAAGUUGUCAGGUCGAUUCCUCGCAGACAAAGGCCGGACGUGCAAGUUGACUGUGGACUGCACUGAUUGCAUGCUAUUGGAACCUUCCCCUUUCUCCAAGAAGUGGCACUGCUUCAAGCACAAGUGUGCUGGUUAUCGCUAUGAGGUUGGCGUCUGCAUCCAAACCGGCUACAUUGUCUGGAUCAAUGGUCCUUUCAAAUGUGGCACCUGGAAUGACUUGAGCAUCUUCCGUCGCAAUCUGAAGCAUCGGUUACUUCCUGGUGAGAUGGUGGAGUGCGAUGCUGGCUACCGGGGUGACCCAAAAUGCCGCCACAAGCACGUCUUUCUCACCGAUCGUGAUGCUCGUGCCAAGGCACGUGCCCGGGCCCGCCAUGAGAAUGUCAACAGCGAAAUCAAGAAGUGGAAGUGCACGGCCACACCAUGGCGGCACGAAAGGGCAAAGCACAAGCUGUGCUUUGAGGCGGUGGCCGUGCUUACCCAAAUCGGGUUCCAGGUGCACGGCAUUCCCCACCAUGUCACUUACUAG